AUGCCAGCUAAACGACGACCAGUGUCUAAAGUCUCCAACCAAACGAUACCCAAAGGAUUGUUCAGAUUACCUUGGGACUUGCUGAGAGAAAUCGCUUUGAAUUUCGAUGCCAUGAGAAUCGUCUCACUCUCAUUCAGCUCCAAAAAGAUGAUGCGCCACUUGAGAGGACAUCGGAUCCCUGCCCAGCACUGUAAUAUCACUGCGAAUUCGAAAGGACGCGUUUUCGUUGAAAUUGUAGUCACUCCCACAGACCGAGUUGUAUGGGAAUUGAAGAACGGAACUGAGAAGAAGAAGCUAAAAGGGCAAAAAGUGACGACUCAGAAUUUAGGUCCGACCGUUGAGAAAAAUAGCAUCCGCAGAGGAAACAACAUUAUCACGUUCUGUCACCCAACUGAAGACAAUUUGAAGAAAAUCGUGGAUUAUAUGCUCGGUGUUUUCAAGUGCCCCGUCAAAUGCCUCGACAUCGACCUCAGACUCUUCCCAAGUUUAGACCUGAACUGGAAAUCAUUCAAGUCAUGCGAAAAGCUGACAAUCGAAUGUGUUGAAGCUGAAGAAGCAAAUAUAGUCAUUAGCCAUGUGGACGGAUUGCAAGCUUUUGAAGUAAAAUGCGAGAACGGAGAAGUAGAUCUUGAAAAGCUCUCAUCCAUCUCCUCUCUCCACAUUGGAAAUGCCCCAGGGAUGACGAAAGAUCAGUUAUUUUCACUCCAGUGCGGAACGAUUGAGAUAGGUGCCAACGCUUUCCCAGGGAGCAUUCGCGACGAGAUUCUAGGAAAAUGGCUGAACAGAGAGUGGGAAACGUUGAGCUCGAUUUCUAUCCAACUAGACGGGACAUUCUCCAAUUUUCCAAACAUUAUGGAAAAGUUUCACGGAGUGCUCCAGCAUCAGUUCAAUUACCGAGCAAGACACCUUUUCUUCAAAAAAUCAGAAACCACCGCCAUCCAAUUGCGUGGUACUGUUGAUGUCCGUCGAACUGAUGGAAGACUGGCUACUUUGACACAUAUGAAUGGCAACUUUAUGAUGUUUGUGUGGCCAGAGGUUGUUCCGAAUUUGUCGCUUCCCAAUGGAAUGUGCUAUGCGAAGAUCACUGUUUCUCAUGAAGUCGUCGUCAAACAGGAAUCCGAAGUCAAAGAAGAAAAUAGAGUUGAUGUCGAGAUGAUGUAUAUUUUACUAGUCAGACAAGCGAUGUACUUUGCUGAUGAUGAUGAUUUUAUGGACAACUUUCGAAACUUCAUCCUUGAACAUCGUCCCGAGCAACAACAUUUGUACUUGGAGUGA